AUCCCGACCACAUCCAGCCAUGGCUGCCCUCCGCUCCGCCGUCCAAAAGUCUGUUGCGCGGUCCGGCAUCGCAUCUUCUCGCCGUGGGUUCGCGUCCACCGCGCCGGCCUUGAAGGCUGCCACUCUCAAAGAGAGGCUUGCGGAGCUCAUUCCCAAGGAGCUUGAGAAUGUCAAAGCCGCUCGCGCGGAACACGGCAAGAAGUCUUUUGGCCCCGUUCUCGUUGAUCAACUCUACGGUGGUAUGCGUGGACUUCCCGCCCUGAUUUGGGACGGUUCCGUGCUUGACGCAGAGGAGGGUAUUCGCUUCCGUGGCAAGACCAUCCCCGAAAUUCAAGAAGCCCUCCCCAAGGCCCCCGGCGGACAGGAGCCUCUCCCUGAGGGUCUCUUCUGGCUUCUCGUUACCGGCGAGAUCCCGACCGCGGAGCAGGUCACUGAACUCUCCAAGGACUGGGCUGCCCGCGCCGCCAUUCCCGACUUCGUCGAAGACAUCAUUGACCGCUGCCCUCCUACCCUUCACCCCAUGAGCCAGUUCAGCAUGGCUGUCACUGCGCUCAACCACAACUCCGCGUUCGCGAAAGCCUAUCAGAACGGCAUCUCCAAGAAGGAGUACUGGGGACCCACCUUCGAGGAUGCCAUGGACCUCAUUGCCAAGCUUCCGAACAUCGCCGGCCGCAUCUUCCGUAAUGUCUAUGGUGGCGGCAAGCUCCCUGCGAUCGACCCCACCAAGGAUUACUCGCACAACCUCGCCACCCUCCUCGGCUUCGAUGACAAGCCGGGCUUCAUCGAGCUCCUCCGUCUCUACAUCACCAUCCACAGCGACCACGAAGGUGGUAACGUCUCCGCGCACACCGGCAAGCUCGUCGGCUCCGCGCUCUCCGACCCCUUCCUCGCCUUCGGUGCCUCGCUGAACGGUCUCGCCGGCCCGCUCCACGGCCUCGCGAACCAGGAGGUGCUCAUCUGGCUCCGCAAGAUGCAGAGCAAGAUUGGCGAGAACGCGACCGACGAGGCGGUGAAGGAGUACGUGUGGUCGACGCUCAAGGGCGGCCAGGUCGUGCCCGGCUACGGCCACGCCGUCCUCCGCAAGACGGACCCGCGCUACACCGCCCAGCGCGAGUUCGCGCUCAAGCACCUGCCGGACGACCCGUUGUUCAAGCUCGUCGCCCAGAUCUACAACAUCGUCCCCGGCGUCCUGCUCGAGGCCGGCAAGGCGAAGAACCCGUGGCCGAACGUCGACGCGCACUCGGGUGUGCUCCUCACCUACUACGGUAUGGACCAGAUGAACUUCUACACCGUCCUGUUCGGCGUGUCGCGUGCGUUCGGUGUCGCGUCCCAGCUUAUCUGGGAUCGUGCGCUCGGUGCUCCUCUCGAGCGCCCGAAGUCGUACUCGACCGAGGCCAUCAAAAAGAUCUUCGCGAACAAGUCGGCAUAAGAGACUUGUCUGGGGAGAGACGGGGUUCGGACUUGACGUAUCCUACUGCCGCUGCAUGUUUUUUGUUGGUUCUCGUGAAUUUAUUAUGCGUGAAUACAC